AUGUCGGUCGCAACCAUGCUCCAACCCUCGUCGAGAGCCUCCCGGGCUUCGACAGCCUCCUCGGCUUCUUCCUUCCAGCCAGUCUCCAGACAGAAUACCUUUUCUUCCCAGCAUGAUACUCGAUCUGUCAGACAAUCAAAACGAAUGUCUGUCACAGCGCUAUACCUCUCAAUGUCGGCUAAGGAGAAAGACCUCGAGAUCUCUGAUGAUUUGGCUAAAGCUCAACGAACUUUACGCGAGCUGAAGUCGAAGAUCUCUUCCCAGUCCAAGAAGAACUUUGUGCUGGAAAAAGAUGUUCGAUACCUGGAUUCACGGAUUGCGCUUCUGAUUCAGAAUCGAAUGGCAUUGGAAGAGCAAAACGAAGUCGCCAGCCAUCUCGAAGAUGCCAAUGACCUCCAGGAGGGCUUUUUCCCCAAUGAUGAUAAGACUCAGAAAUAUGGAAACCUCCUUUUCCUUCUACAAUCUGAGCCCCGCCAUAUUGCGCAUCUGUGUCGUCUGGUGACGAUGGCGGAAAUCGAUUCAUUGCUCCAGACAGUGAUGUUCACCAUCUACGGCAACCAAUACGAAAGUCGAGAGGAACAUUUGUUGCUAACCAUGUUCCAGUCUGUUCUGACAUAUCAAUUUGACAACACUCCAGAAUAUUCAUCCCUUCUGCGCCAAAACACUCCUGUUUCUCGUAUGAUGACAACUUAUACCAGACGAGGCCCCGGACAGGCUUAUUUGAAGCAGGUGUUGGCUGACCAAAUCAACUCCCUUAUCGAUCUAAACGACAUUGAUCUAGAAAUUAACCCCCUGAAAGUGUAUGAGAGCAUGGUCCAGCAAAUCGAAUUAUCCACUGGAACUCUCCCACCUUCUCUGCCAAAAUCAGUAACUGCAGAGGUUGCUGCAGAGAACGAACAGGUCCAAAAGAUCAUUGUGCCCCGAUUGAAGAUGCUAACAGACAUCGCAAACGGUUUUCUUGAAACAAUCAUUGAAGGUCUUGAGGAAACUCCAUACGGUAUCCGGUGGAUCUGCAAACAGAUUCGAAGUCUGUCAAAGCGGAAGUAUCCCGAUGCCCAGGACCAGACUAUUUGUACACUUAUUGGCGGCUUUUUCUUUUUGCGAUUCAUCAAUCCCGCCAUCGUAACUCCUCGAUCCUACAUGCUCAUUGAAGCUACCCCAGCCGACAAGCCCCGCCGCACCCUAACUUUGAUCGCGAAAAUGCUACAGAACUUGGCAAAUAAGCCGACUUAUGCGAAGGAACCGUAUAUGGCCAAACUCCAGCCAUUCAUCCACGAGAACAAAGAGCGUGUGAAUAAGUUUCUUCUCGACCUAUGCGAAGUUCAAGACUUCUACGAAAGUUUGGAACUGGAUAACUAUGUAGCUCUAUCCAAGCGAGAUCUAGAGCUUCAAAUCACCCUGAACGAAGUCUACGCAACCCACGCGUUGCUGGACAAACACAGCGCCACCCUCGCCGCCCAAGACCAGCACUCCCACCUGAGCCAUCUGCUCCAGGAACUCGGACCUGCACCACCCCAACUACCCCGCAAGGAGAACCGAACCAUCAACCUUCCCCUAUUUAGCAAGUGGGAAACGGCCCUCGACGACCUAACAUCAGCGCUAGAUAUUACCCAAGAAGAAGUCUACUUCAUGGAAGCCAAAUCAACUUUUGUCCAGAUCAUGCGAUCCCUCCCUCACAACUCCUCUGUCACCCGCCGCCCCCUCCGUCUUGACCGCAUAGCUGAAGCAGCUGCAACCCUCAAAAAUGACGCCGUCAUGGUCCGCAAGGGAAUACGGACGAUGGAACUACUCAGUCAACUGCAGGAACUCGGCGUUCUUGACCGGUCAGAUGACUUCAGCCUCCUCCGCGAUGAAGUCGAGCAAGAACUCGUGCACCUGGGCUCUCUGAAGGAGAAAGUACUUGAAGAAACUCGUAAACUGGACGAAGUAUUCCGCACCAUCCGCGACCACAAUGCAUAUCUCGUGGGCCAAUUGGAGACGUACAAAUCGUACCUGCAUAACGUGCGCAGUCAGUCUGAGGGGAAGCAGAGGAAGCAGCAGAAGCAUCAGGAGUUGGGGCCUUAUAAGUUUACGCAUCAGCAGUUGGAGAAGGAAGGGGUUAUUCGGAAGAGUAACGUACCGGAAAAUCGGAGGGCGAAUAUUUAUUUUAUGUUCAAGAGUCCGUUACCGGGGACUUUUGUUAUCAGUUUGCAUUAUAAGGGUCGCGCUCGAGGUCUUCUAGAACUCGAUCUCAAACUCGACGAUCUUCUGGAGAUGCAGAAGGAUAACCAGGAAGAUCUUGAUUUGGAGUAUGUGCAGUUUAACGUUUCGAGGGUUCUUUCAUUGUUGAAUAAGCGGUUCGCGCGGAAGAAAGGGUGGUGA